CAUCUCAAUGAGCGCGAAUUGCCGCCAAAUCUGAGUCUGGACUCUUGCGCACUUGAUGGCACACGCGUGGAGCCCAACAUGAGACCAUCUCCUGAGUGUUGCGCCUAACUGAACAAUUAAUUAAAACUUGAUCGAGAAUUAAUAUCGAUCACUGGCCUAAUUGGUGUUUAAAUUAGUGGGUGUGCCGGGAGCACUCAUGGGCCCGCUCGCGCUCCUCCUGCUGGUGGCGGCGGCCCGCGCGGACUUCGAAACCGACCGGAAACUGAUCCGCAUCAGAGGCGACGUCAUCCUCGGCGGCAUCUUCCCGAUGCACGAGCAAGUCAGCGGCCGCCCAGACAUGCCCUGCGGCGCCGUCAAAGAGGAAAAGGGCAUGCAAAGACUCGAAGCGAUGCUCUACGCCAUCGACGAGAUCAACAACAGCACCGAACUCCUGCCGAACGUCACCCUCGGCGCGCUCAUCAUAGACUCCUGCAGCAGCGACACGUACGCGCUCGAGCAGUCCAUGGAGUUCGUGCGCUCCUACAUGAACCAGGAUAUGUCAGAGUACAAGUGUGAAUCUGGAAAACCACCCGUCUAUGUCCCACAUAAACCCGUUACAGCCGUCAUCGGAGCGUCUUUCAGCGUGGUUUCAAUCAUGGUGGCAAAUAUCCUGAGGUUAUUUAAGAUCCCCCAAGUCAGUUACGCCUCUACCAGCACCGAAUUGUCCGACAAGUCUCGAUUCGAAUAUUUCAGCCGAGUCGUACCGCCUGAUAACUUUCAAGCACAAACUAUGGUAGAAAUCAUCAAAGAAUUGGGUUGGAAAUAUGUGUCCACGGUGGCAGUCGAAGGCGAUUACGGAGAAAGGGGGAUAGCGUCUUUUAUAUCUUAUUCAGCCGAUGCCGGAAUCUGCAUAGCAGUAACGGAAAAAAUUCUCCGAAAUUCGCAAAAAAUAGACUUUGACAGAAUUAUAGAACGACUGCUUCAAAAGACAGCCCGGGCAGUCGUCCUCUUUGUUGACGAAGACAACACAAGAAAGCUGCUACGUGCAACAAUUCGUGCGAAUAAGACAGAACAUUUCCUUUGGAUCGGCAGUGAUUCGUGGGGAGCUAAAGUACACCCCGUCAGGGAUCAAGAGUUCGCUGCAGAGGGAGCAAUCACCAUCCUACCCCACAGGAAUGCCAUUCAAGAGUUCGACGACUACUACAUGUCGCUGCGUCCUCGUGUGGAAGGAGAGGGAUGCAACGCGAGCAUGGAAGCGAACAUCCCGCACCCCAGCAAGCCGGAGCUAGUCAUCAACUGUCGCAACGGCUGGUUUCGGGAGUUCUGGAGCCAACACAACAAGUGCAACUUCGACAACAGCAAGAACCGGAAGUGCACUGGCGAAGAAACCAUCUCGGAUUACGAACAGGAGGGUUUAGUUCCGUUCGUCGUUGAUGCCGUUUAUGCCGCAGCUCAUGCCAUUCAUGACAUAAUAGCGGACAAUUGUGGCACUAACCCCUUUCAUUUGUGCGAGGACCUUAAGCCUGCUCCCAUGGGCACACAUCUUUUGAAGUACCUCAGGAAUGUCUCGUUUAUAGGACGACAAAAAACAGAAGUUAAAUUCAACAAAGACGGCGAUGCAUACGGCAGCUAUAACAUCUAUCAAUAUCAAAGACAUGAGGACGGAAAAUACGAUUACAACCAAAUUGGCUCAUGGAAAGAAAAGCUAAAUCUGAACUUAAGCCGGAUCCAGUGGAGGGAGAGCAGCGAAAUGCCCAAGUCAAUUUGCAGCGAAACAUGUCCAUCAGGGCACAUAAGGAACUAUCAGGAUCAGUGUUGCUGGGUGUGCGUUUCCUGCCGGGAGGACGCUUACGUCUUCAACGACACUUGCAAAUCCUGCUUGCCCGGGUACGCCCCCAACAAGGAUAAAACCGACUGCGACAAACUGCAGGCGCUCGUCAUCGAGUGGCUCAGCCCUUGGGCCCUCGUCCCUUUGGUCUUUUCCUCCUUCGGCAUCCUCUGCACCAUCUUCACCACCUGCGUCUUCAUCCGCUACAACCGCACCCCGGUGAUCAUGGCCUCGGGCCGCGAGCUCUGCUACGUCCUCCUCAGCGGCGUCCUCUGCUGCUACUCCAUGUCCUUCGUCAUCCUCGCUAAACCCUCAGUCGAAACUUGCGCCGUUAUGCGGAUCGGCCUCGGCUUGUGCCUCAGCGUCUGCUACAGCGCCAUUUUCACCAAAACCAAUCGCAUCUCCAGGAUAUUUAAUCGAGGAGUGAAGAGUAUCAAAAGACCCGUUUAUACUUCGCCCAUUUCGCAAGUCGCCAUCGCUCUCGGGAUCGUAUCAAUACAACUGAUUGGAGCGAUAGUCUGGCUGGUGAUUGAGCGCCCGGAUAUUCGAGAAAUAUACCCGUACCCGUUAACAGCCGUCUUGACCUGCCGAGUUUCAACUUUCUCCUUGAUCAUGUCUCUGGUUUAUAAUAUGAUACUCAUUAUUUUGUGCACCUGGUACGCUUUCAAAACCCGAAAAAUUCCUGAGAAUUUUAACGAAGCUAAGUAUAUUGGAUUUACGAUGUAUUCGACCUGUAUUGUCUGGCUGGCUUUUCUUCCUAUUUACUUUGGAACAAAUAACGACUACAAGAUCCAGAUAGUCAGCAUGUGCAUGUGUCUCAACAUCAGCGCAACUGUUGCUCUGGGCUGUUUAUUUACCCCAAAAGUUUAUCUCGUUCUCUUCCAACCUUACAAGAACGUACGCCAAGGCAACGGAAACCAGGGUGUUGCGCAGGACCGUCCCGCUUACAGCAUGAGAUUUGCAGGCCCUCGCUCUCAAACGAUUCAGUCAAUGACAAGUAAUUCAAGAUCUUCUCCAAGAUUGGGCCAAAAGCAUGCCAAUGGUGACCCGAACGCCCUUCCAAGUCCCAGCAUUGAAGAAAGUUCUCUGAGUUAAACUGUGUCUUCCCUAACGUGUCAAUAUAAGAAUCAAAGUCAAAAUCCAAAACCAAAAUUAGUAUUUACAAGAUAUAUGUCCUGAAAUCCGUGUUAAAUUUUCGAUUUUCUUGUUGAUAUUAAUGUUUAAAAAUAUAAAUAAGUUAAUUGAUGUUGAGCCCUUACACGUAUUGCAGUAAUAUUGCAGUAAAAACUAAUUUUGCUAGGUGUAUCUUCAAAACUGAGUAUUCUUGAUCUUGAUGUGAGACUUAGCAGUAUUUGUAGAGAUGAAUCAGUAUUAAAUAUUGUGAUGUAUAUUGCUUUGUUCGGAUUUUAAUUAUCGAUUUUAUACUACUUAUUGCUCAUGUUUCUUUCGUCUGUGCCUCACGUGUGGUGUAAAAUAGCUUCCUGUUUUAUCUGUAUAUACGCCAGGAGCUGAUUGGGUUAGCCGUAAGAAUGUAAAAAGUGUGUAAAUAAUUAUUUUCCCCAUUCAAAAAAAAAAAAAAAAUUAUGAGACACGAAGGUGCUAAAACGAACGCAAUUUUACUUCCAAGCUUUCCUUUGUAUAUACUCAAUUUCCAGUUUUAAGUGAUGUGCCAAGAAAGGAACGAAUUUAUUGUAAAUAAUCGUCUAGCAUCUGUUAAUCCCCACUAUAUCGUUAAACUUUGAAAAUCAAAUUUAUUUCGAUCGUCGUUAGAAUAGUUCUAUUUUUCUAUACAUUGUGUGUUUAUUUCGAAAAUCUCCAUGUUCCUUAACGUCGUAAUUUAAGAGACUCGUACAAAGUUGUUUAAAUGUGAUUUAUUUAUCGUAGAAUAGAUGAAUCAUAUCGAAUUAGUCUUAGACGUGUGUUUAAGCUAAAAAUAUUGUGAUACUAAAAAAAAUAGUUUAUUUGUGUAAAAUUAGAGCAGUCGUUGUAAACUAGAAACAUUUAUCUGUAGCUGUUAAAAUUUGAUGGAACUGAUUAAAUGGACA